AUGUCCACACAACAUAAUUCAGUCUCCGAACAGAUGAAUGUCGACACCGACAUUAUCACGUUGACUAGAUUUAUUUUGCAAGAACAGCAAAAAGAAGCGCCAAAUGCUACAGGGGAAUUGUCGUUGUUACUAAACUCGUUACAAUUUGCUUUCAAAUUCAUUGCUCACAACAUUAGAAGAGCCGAAUUGGUUAAUUUGAUUGGAAUCAGUGGCAGUGCUAACUCUACUGGUGACGUUCAAAAGAAAUUGGAUGUUAUUGGAGAUGAAAUUUUCAUCAAUGCCAUGAAAUCGUCGAACAACGUCAAGGUUUUAGUUUCAGAGGAACAAGAAGACUUGAUUGUUUUCGAAGGAGGUGGACGUUACGCUGUUUGUACUGAUCCAAUUGACGGUUCGUCUAAUAUUGAUGCUGGUGUUUCUGUUGGUACUAUCUUCGGUGUCUACAGAUUGAAGGAAGAUUCCCAGGGAUCCAUCAAGGAUGUGUUGAGAAAGGGUACUGAAAUGGUCGCUGCUGGUUACACCAUGUACGGUGCUUCUGCUCACUUGAUGUUGACCACAGGUCAAGGUGUCAACGGCUUCACUUUGGAUACACAAUUGGGUGAAUUCAUUUUGACUCAACCACACUUGACUAUUCCUAAGACCAGAGCUAUUUACUCUGUCAACGAAGGUAACUCUCAUUACUGGGCUGACAGUGCCAAACAAUAUAUUGCAGACUUGAAGAAACCACAGGACGAUGGAAAGCCAUAUAGUGCAAGAUACAUUGGUUCUAUGGUUGCUGAUAUUCACAGAACUAUAUUGUACGGUGGUAUUUUCGCAUAUCCGGCUGAUUCUAAGCUGAAAAAUGGUAAGUUAAGAAUUUUAUACGAAUGUUUCCCUAUGGCUAUGUUGAUGGAACAAGCCGGUGGUGCAGCUAUUAACGAUAAGGGUGAAAGAAUCUUAGACAUUUUGCCUAAAGGAAUUCAUGACAAAAGUGGUAUCUGGUUAGGUUCAAAGGGUGAAGUUGAUAGAUACUUAACUUACCUCAAAUAA